UAAGUCAGAGUUUCCUAAUUUAAAUGCUUUCAGAGUUUCUUGUACUCCAGCGCUUUCAAGGUUGCUAUUUUGCGUUUAUUUGUGUGGUUAUUUAACUCGUCCACUAGACUAUGCUUCACGAAGGCAGAGGCCUUGUGCGUUGUUCACUGCUGCAUCCUUAGUGCUCAGCUGAGUACCUGCCACACGUGGCAACCACCCCCUAUGUGUCUGUGGAGUGAUUCACACACACCACAUACUGAGAGAUGAACAAAGCUCUGGGGGGGCAGAUACUCAAGUGCCAUAUCCACUUGGGCCCCGCUCUCUGUCUCUGCCAGAGAACAUCUGGAGUUGAAGGUCUCUUGGCCAGGACACGUGGAUGCCCACCCACCGAGCCUCAUGGAGGCUGUGACAUUUGGUGACGUGGCCGUGCACUUCUCGCGGGAAGAGUGGCAGUGUCUGGACCCUGGCCAGAGGGCCCUCUACAAGGAGGUGAUGCUGGAAAACCACAGCAGUGUGGCUGGACUAGGAUUCCUGGUCUUCAAGCCUGAGCUGAUCUCCCGGCUGGAGCAGGGGCAGGAGCCAUGGGUCCUCGACCUGCAGGGAGCAGAGGGGAGAGAGGUGCCAAGGACCUCCCAGACGGAUUCCACAAUUAGGACUGAUAGUGAGCAGGCCUGUGAGGACGUGGACGUUCUGAGAGCGGAAUCCCGUGCGGUGAGGGUCAGAAUCCCCCCACAGAGUCCUGGCGUUGGAGACGCCUCUGAUUCUGAGGUCUGGUCAGAGAGGAAGCCAGGCUUCCUCUUCCAGAGAAACCGCUUAAACACAGGGACCGUGGCUCCCAGGAAGACCUUUGCCAAGGAGGACGCCCAGGGACGUGGCGAGCUGGGGAGCAGUGGUGGCCUGCGUUGUCAGCCGGGUAAAAGUCAGGGCAAUACUGCAGAAGGGGCAUCCCGAAGAUGCGACAUGUGUGGCAGGAGCUUCAGAUCUGCUUCCAGUGUUGCUCUGCAUCAGGAAAUCAGCACACAGAAGAGACCUAGCAGAUGUCACGAGUGCCAAAAAAAAGUAUCUGAUUGCUUACAGGGGAAACAUCAAAGUAACUGCCAUGGAGAGAAGCCAUAUGAAUGUGAGGAAUGUGGGAAAGUCUUCCGAUUGUGCUCACAGCUUAAUCAGCAUCAGAGAAUCCACACUGGAGAGAAGCCAUUCAAAUGCACUGAGUGUGGAAAAGCCUUUCGCCUGAGCUCAAAACUUAUUCAGCAUCAAAGAAUUCAUACUGGAGAGAAGCCCUACAGGUGCGAGGAAUGUGGAAAAGCCUUUGGUCAGAGCUCCAGCCUCAUCCACCAUCAGAGGGUCCACACGGGAGAGAGGCCCUAUGGCUGCCGGGAGUGUGGGAAGGGCUUCAGCCAGCAGUCGCAGCUGGUCAGACACCAGAGGACUCACACUGGAGAGAGGCCCUACCCAUGCCAGGAGUGUGGGAAGGCCUUCAGCCAGAGCUCGACCCUCUCUCAGCACCAGCGGAUGCAUGCUGGAGAGAAACCCCAAGCCCCAAGAACCCUGGAUAGUCCCAGUCUUAUUGCCCAUCAGAGGAUCCAUGCUGCAGAGAAGCCGUUUAAGUGCGAUGAGUGUGGGAAGGCUUUCAGGUGGGUCUCUCGCCUCAGCCAGCAUCAGCUAACUCACACUGGAGAGAAGCCUUACAAGUGCAACAAGUGUGCAAAAGCCUUCGGUUGUAGCUCCCGGCUUAUUCGCCACCAGAGGACUCACACUGGAGAAAAACCAUUUAAAUGUGAUGAGUGUGGGAAAGGCUUUGUCCAGGGUUCACACCUGAUUCAGCACCAGAGAAUUCACACUGGAGAGAAACCCUAUGAGUGUAGUGACUGUGGAAAGGCCUUCAGCCAGAGCUCCAGCCUCAUUUACCAUCAGAGAAUCCAUAAGGGAGAGAAGCCCUACGAGUGCCUCGAGUGUGGGAAAGCUUUCAGCAUGAGCACACAGCUCACCAUACAUCAGAGGGUCCACACAGGGGAGAGACCCUACAAAUGCAGUGAGUGUGGGAAAGCCUUCAGUCAGAACUCCACCCUUUUCCAGCACCAGAUAAUUCAUGCUGGAGUGAAGCCCUAUGGAUGUAGUGAGUGUGGGAAAGCCUUCAGUCGGAGUUCCUAUCUUAUUGAGCACCAGAGAAUACACACUCGAGCCCAGUGGUAUCAUGAAUAUGGGAAUACCCUGGAAGGUUCUGCCUCCGUGAGCCGUAAAAAAACUAAUACUGUAAAGAAACUGCAUAAAUGUAAUGAAUGUGAGAAAAUAUUCAGAUGGCGCUCACAUCUAAUUAUACAUCAGAGAAUUCACACUGGAGAGAAACCUUAUAAAUGUAAUGAAUGUGGCAAAGCCUUUAAUCGGAGCUCAAGGCUGACUCAGCAUCAGAAAAUUCACAUGGGAUAGACCUUUGUAAUUCUGUAUAAAUGUGAAUAAACCUACAGCCUUAACUUA